AUGAUAACUUUAUUGCUACUCGUCGCACUUUCCGAGUUAUCUUCAACGGCUCCAAUACUUGAGUUGACACCAGGCAAAGUGCAAGGAUUCGAGUAUCAAACAGGACACAAUGUCACAGUAGAAGUUUUUCUCAACAUACCAUAUGCUGCACCUCCCGUAGAUGAGCUCAGAUUUGAGAGGCCCAAAGCUGUGACGCCGUGGGCGGAUGUACGCAGCGGUGAAAAAUUCGGACCUCAGUGUCUUCAGUUAGUCCAAAUGGAGAACACUAGCGAAGAUUGCUUGACGCUUAACAUAAUUCGACCAAGGAUUGAGGGCCAGUCGACAAGCCUACCUAUACUUUUCUGGGUCCAUGGGGGCGGAUACGAACUGGGUUCAGCUACGCAAUUUGGUUACGAAGGUUUCGCAAACAUUUAUGCAUCCAAAGGCAUUAUAGUGGUCUCAAUACAAUAUCGUCUUGGUGUUUUUGGAUUCUUUUCCACGGGCGAUGAACGCGUUUCUGGAAACUUGGGAUUAUUCGACAUGGCGGAAGCGCUGAAGUUCAUAUACACGAAUGCUGAAAACAUCGGCGGAGACUGGACACGCAUCACCGUAUGGGGCCACAGUGCAGGCUCAGCGGCAACAGGACAACUUGCCCUAAGUCAACUGACUCGAGAGUAUAUCGCCCAAACCAUUGAAAUGUCCGGCUCUCCGUGGGGAUCAUGGGCUAUAGGAGCUGGUGUAGCACAUAACUCUUUGGAAUUGGCAGAGGCUCUUAAAUGUGAAACAGACAUCAAAGCUUGUUUGAAGAAAAAAACUGUCAAUGAGAUAUAUGAAGCCGUCGACAGAGUUGUAAGCGAAAUGAUUGCUUGCGCUUUACCAAAACCGACGAUGAUUGGUGUUACAAAUAAGGAGGCAUCGUUAUUUACCAUUCUCAAUUCGACACCUAUACUUCAAAAACUUGGGAUUAAUUCAACAGAAUUCCAUACAUGGAACAGGACAGAGUUCAUACGGUUGGUGUACGUGGGAGAUCGUUUAGAAGAUUUUACAAGUGACAUUGUAUCCUUUUACGUUGAUAGAGAUGAAGAACCAAAAUCAGAAUUCUAUAUCAACCGCUAUACAGAGUUCGUUAGCAAUCUGCUAUUUGAAGCGGCAAUCGUCGACGACAUACAGUCUCGUCAGAAGGCUGGAUGGACUGUGUAUGCUUAUAUGCUUGAUUACUAUAAUGAUGCGAUUUGGGGAGAUGUUCCCAAAGCACUGAGAGGAGCGCCACAUGCCAGCGAAUACCCCUACGUCCAUGGCAUAAACGUUUUGAGCCCAUUUGAAUUCAACGAAGACGAUCGGACAGUCGCGAAUUUUUUCCGAGAAUCGUUGGUCGAAUUUAUCAAGACAGGGACCCCAUCACAUCAUAAUAAAUCUUGGUUGAAUAUCGGCAGUGAUCCAAAUAUCCGUUACACUCAAAUAACUCCACAUCCACAGACGAAUACAGGGUUUUUCAACUUGACUGCUGCCUUUUGGCAAAGAAUGCGAUUGUAUGAUUACGACAUGGUCCAGCUACUACCUAGAAACGAAAGAAAAGCAGCAUAUUCUCAAUGGCUCUAUGUUCCGUUUGUGACUUUAGUCUGGUUCAUUUGUUAUCAGUUUCUUAUUUGA